AACGUAAACCCGGAAGUGUUUGAUUUCCUGCCGUCACGGCGUCAACCUUGUUUGCCCUGUGGCUUUCUUUCGGCUUUUGGUCCUGCCUUCUUGUUCUCCUCCCAACCUCUCUCUCUAAAUGACUUUAACGGCGCUGACACGCUUCACAUUAACGAGUCGGUUGUGGCGAUUGUCCGGCGUUCCUGCCAUGAGCUUCCACACCGGCAAGACUUGGGCGAGGGGUGUGACCCAGGAGCACUUUGAGGAGGCCAAGAACAAACUUUCCUCGUUGAAGGAAGAUCCCGGGAAUGACGUCAAGCUCAAAAUCUACGCUCUCUUCAAACAGGCCACGCACGGUCCAUGUGACACCCCCAAACCCGGGAUGUUGGACUUCAUCAACAAGGCCAAGUGGGACUCGUGGAAGGCUCUGGGAUCCAUGACACAGGAGGAGGCCCGGCAGCGGUACUGCGAUUUGAUUGGCUCCCUGGUAGCGGCAGAAGGCGGAGCCCCCGCCCGAGCGCCCGCCGGGUCGUCCGCCGGCAGCCGCGCGUACGACUCCCUGCUGGUCAGCACGCAGGAUGACAUCACCACCAUCGUGCUCAACCGCCCCGCCAAGAAGAACGCCAUCACCACCCAGAUGUAUGAGGAGAUCAUUGAAGCUCUGCAGGACGCAGCCCGCGACCACUCGGUCGUCACCGUCUUUACUGGCGCCGGGGAUUUUUACUGCAGCGGCAAUGACCUGAGCAACUUCACCAAGAUCCCCGAGGGAGGUGUGGAGCAGAUGGCCAAAGCCGGCGGGGAGCUGCUCAGGAGGUACGUGAAAGCCUUCAUCGACUUCCCCAAGCCGCUGGCGGCGGUGGUGAACGGACCGGCCGUGGGAAUCUCCGUCACCCUCUUGGGACUGUUCGACUUGGUCUACGCAACGGAGAGCGCUACUUUCCACACGCCCUUCAGCCAACUGGGCCAGAGUCCGGAAGGCUGCUCGUCAUACACGUUCCCUCGCAUCAUGGGCCUCGGCAAGGCCAACGAGAUGUUGCUGUUCAACAAGAAGCUGACGGCCUUCCAGGCAUGCCAGCUGGGCCUGGUCACGCAAGUCUUCCCCGACAGCAGCUUCCAGGCCGAAGUUUGGAGCCGACUGAAGAACUACGCCAAGCUACCCCCAAAUUCUCUGGCGCUGUCCAAGCAACUGAUCCGCUCGGUGGAGAAAGAGCGCCUCCACGCCGUCAACGACGCCGAGGUGGACCGUCUGAUAGAGCGAUGGAUGUCGGAUGAGUGCUUCAACGCCGUCAUGAGCUUCUUUCAGGCCAAAGCGAAGCUUUGAGCUGUGACGGCAAGCGUCGGGACCCAUCGCAAGGAGUGUCUCUGUGGUGGCGUGCCGCCGUGCGCUGUCGUCGAUGCCAUUGAUUGGCAGCAGACAUUUCGGCCAACGUGAAGGAUCAAGUGCCUGACCCGAUUUGCACACGUGCGUGGCACUCAACUCUAUGCUGUGUGUCCAUUUGUCUACAGGGGGGAGAAAAAAAGUUGUUCAAAUGAUCAAUAAACACGUCUCCUUUCUUUGA